AUGCCGAUUGAGAUGCUGCAAAAUUUUCCACUUUAUUUUCAAUGUCAAACCUAUACCUACAUAACUACAUAUGUUAGGAUCUCAACUACGGGCAUGACUUGCUGUUUUUAUCUAAACUGAAAACUACACUUGUGUUCUCCCUUCUCCCCGGAUGACCGAUUGUACGCUUACAAUCAGAAAUCAACCACGUGAAAGCACCAAUAUAAUCUAAAGAUAAAACACACUUUUCGCAAUUUCCCACACUUCUGUUCGUAGAUGCCUAAUUUUAUAUAAAAACGGCAAAGUCACUGUAGCACAAUCAAAGCAAAGCCUUCAGCAGACCCAACAGAUUAAAAUAACAUUCUUGUUACUAAAUUUUUUGUUAAAUACAAUAAUACAACAUGAACAAGCCAGCGGUUUAUGUUAACUUCAACACGUUGCAGAAAAACGAUGCAACUUAUACGCUCGACAACUACAUCAAGUACUUGAAAUGGAAUCCGAACAAAACUGAAAAAGUGCUGGAGAUCGGCUGCGGUCCAGGAGAUGUGACGAAGGACAUCCUGGUGCCCGCCUUACCGGGAAACGUCGAGGAAUUGGUAUGCCUCGACCGAUCCGAAGAAAUGAUUAACUUUGCGAAAAAUAACUCCAAACAUGACAAAAUCAAAUAUAUGCAAAUGGACAUUUCUAAUGACGAUUUAACCAAUGUGUUAGGGAAGAAUACUUUCGAUCAUGUCUUCUCGUUCUACUGUCUCAAUUGGGUGCAAGACCAAAGAAAAGCGUAUAAAAACAUUUACGACGUCCUAAAACCCGGUGGGGACGCUCUUGUCCUAUUGAAUGCCUACCAUCCCGUAUUCGAAGUGUAUCACUGGCUUGCGCAGCAGGAAAAAUAUCAUCUGUACCACAAAGAAACGGACAACUUCGUUUCCCCUUAUUUCACAAAGAAACAUCCCAAACAAGACCUGGAAGAUAUUCUAACGGAUUUAGGUUUCAUUAUCCAUGCUUGCGAAUAUAAGCCCCUAGACUUCGUAUUCCCAAAUGAAUCCUAUAUUAAAGGAUUCUUCCUAUCCGUAAAUCCCUUUGUGGAUUUAAUGCCGCCGAGUGUAAGAGAAGAAUACCUUCAGGAAUUGGUGGAUGAAUUCAAAAGGAAAAAAAUGAAGGGAAAUGUAAUGUCCUACGCAGUUCUUAUAGCUUGCGUGCAGAAACCUGAACAGGAUGAACCUCUCGUUUCUUAAUCCCACCACAAGGAUCUUAAAGGACAACUAGAUGUUAGUUCAUUCCAGAAUCCGUACUGAUUAUUCUAAUGAUAACAUAUUUUUAAUAAUUAAUUUAAUAUAAGUUCUGUAUUAU